AUGAGUGCCACUACUACCACUGCGUCGGCAACAACCUCGCCCAGCAGCACAGCAACAUGCAUCUCCAUGACUCCAAACAAUGUCGGCUACGUGCCACCUGAAGGAUGCGGGAAUAUCCUAUUGUACGAAGCCAGCUUCGCUGCUGCCGUCUUAUUCGCCGUUCUAUUCGGCCUCACCACCAUUGUCCACAUAAUCCAAGCUUUCAUGUACAAAAAGCGCUACGCCUGGGUCCUGAUAAUGGGCUCACUAUGGGAACUCCUUGCCUUUAUAAUGCGCUCCCUCUUCGCCAAGCACCAGAACAAAGAAGCCUACAACACCCCGUUUACAAUCCUCUUCCUGCUGGCUCCCAUCUGGGUAAACGCCUUCCUGUACAUGACGCUCGGCCGCCUAAUUUACUUCUUCAUUCCCGGUGCGCGCCUCUGCGGGAUCCCCGCGCGGCGCUUCGGCCGCAUCUUCGUCUGGCUCGAGAUCCUGGCGUUUAUCGUGCAGCUUGUCGGCGCGAUGUUCACGACUGAUUCCGAGGCAUCAACAAAGACGAUUAUGCGUGGUGUGCAUAUCUAUAUGGGGGGAAUUGGAUUGCAGGAGUUCUUUAUUCUGGUUUUCACUGGGUUGUUUAUUCAUCUGCAGCGGAAGAUUAGUGAGAUGGAGCGGGGAUCCCACCUGAACAGCGAUCCCACCUUCGCCGAGAAGAUACACCGCGGCGUCAUGCCCUGGCGCUGGCUCUUCUACGCCAUCUACGCAGCCCUCUUCCUUAUCACGGUCCGAAUCGCGUUCCGGCUCGCGCAGUACGCGCGGGGGACGGACGUUGAUAACCCUGCGGUCCGGUACGAGUGGUUCGAGUACGUGUGGGAUGCGGCGCCGAUGUUUAUUGCGCUUGUUGUGCUGAAUGUUGCUCACCCGGGGCGGGUCCUAACUGGCGACGGUAGUGAGUUUCCGCGGGUAAGUCGGGCGGAGAAGAAGAGGCUUAAGCGGGAGAAGAAGGAGACUAAGGCUGCGGAGAAGGAGGCAAAGAGGAAGCGGAAACAUUACAGGAAACAUGGGAGUGAUGGGAUUGAUAUGCUUGAUGUGCAGGAGAGGGGAGUUGCUGGUGGUCCGAUAUAA